UUACGGUAAUAUCAGCAAAAGCAAAAAAGCUACGCUAACAAACGCAGACGGUUUCCCGCAAUGUCUGAGUUAUAUCUAUCUUUAAAGACCUCUUCAAGUCAUCUGUAGAUGUCUGUUCCACUAAACCACACAGUGAUGUUCAGUGAAGCCAUGAAUGAAGUUGAGGAGAAACAUCAGUGUCAGAACCUCAGAAUCUUGUAACGCUAGAAAUGUCUUCUAGUAGUUUGCAGAAGAACAAGAUUUUCUCUCCAAUAAUGAAACAAAGAACAGAAGCAGACGAGCCGUUCACCUGCUCUCAGUGUGGAAAGAGUUUCAAAUACAAAUGUCAUGUUCAGAGACACAUGAGAAUUCACACUGGAGAGCAACCAUAUGUGUGUCCUCAGUGUGGAAAAAGAUUUAAACAGAAAACAACUCUAGAGGUUCAUAUUAGAAUUCACACUGAAGAGCGUCCAUACACUUGUCCUCAGUGUGGACAGAAUUUCAAACACAAAUCAACGCUAGAGGGGCACAUUAGAAUUCACACUGAAGUACGACCAUACGCAUGUCCACAAUGUGGAAAGAGUUUCAAACACAAAUCAUCGCUUAAGGAGCACAUGAGAAUUCACACUGAAGAGCGUCCAUUCACAUGUCCUCAGUGUGAAAAGAGUUUCAAACACAAAUCAACCCUUGUUGAGCACGUGAGAAGUCACACUGGAGAGCGACCGUACGCUUGUCCUCAGUGUGAAAAGAGUUUUGGCCGCAAAUCAAAUCUUGAGGAGCACAUUAGAAUUCACAGUGAAGAGCGUCCAUACACGUGUCCUCAGUGUGGAAAGAGUUUCAAACAGAGAUCAAAUCUUGAGGAGCACAUUAGAAUACACACUGGAGAGCGUCCAUUCGCAUGUCCUCAGUGUGGAAAGAGUUUCAGACAGAAAUCAGCGCUUGAGAAGCACAUAAGAAGUCACACUGAAGAACGACCGUACACAUGUACUCAGUGUGGAAGGAAAAGUUUCAGACUCAAAUCAGAUUUAGAGAUCCACAUGAGAAUCCACACUGAAGAGUGUCCAUUGAAGGUCAAGGUGAUGGACUGGCCAAGUAUGUCUCCACACCUAAACCCUUUUGAGCAUCUGUGGGACAUCCUUAAAUGGAAGGUGGAUGAGCGCAAGGUCUCUAACAUCCACCAGCUCUGUGAUGUCGUCAUGGAGGAGCGGAAGAGGACUCCUGUGGGAACCUGUGAAGCUCUGAUGAACUCCAUGCCCAAGAAAAGCGUGUGCGACACUAUCACUGCGUUUACGGUAAUAUCAGCAACAACAGAAGCUGCGCUAAAAGCGGAUAUUUUUGCUCCGCGAUCUCUGAGGUCGGUUCAACAACCACAACAGACAGUGAUGUUCAUUGAAGACAUGAAUGAAGUUGAGGAGAAACAUCAGUGUCAGAAGCCUCAGAAUCUUGUAAAGCUGGAAAUGUCUUCUAGUAGUUUGCAUGAGAACAAGAUUUUCUCUCCAAAUAGGAAACAAAGAACAGAAGCAAGCGAGCCGUUCACCUGCUCUCAGUGUGGAAAGAGUUUCAAAUACAAAUGUCUUCUUCAGGUACACAUGAGAAUUCACACUGGAGAGCGUCCAUACACGUGUCCUCAGUGUGAGAAGAGAUUCAGAGAGAAAUCAACGCUUCAGAAGCAUAUUAGAGUUCACACUGGAGACCAACCAUACGCAUGUCCUCAGUGUGGAAAGAGAUUUAGACAGAAAUCAAAUCUUGAGGUGCACGUAAAAAUUCACACUGGAGUGCGUCCAUACACAUGUACACAGUGUGGAAAGAGUUUCACACAGAAAAAUUAUCUUAAGGUACAUUUGAGAAUUCACACUGAGGAGCGUCCAUACACAUGUCCUCAGUGUGGAAAGAGUUUCAAACGCAAAUUAGCGGUUAACGACCACGUGAGAAUUCACACUGAAGAGCGCCCAUACACCUGUACUCAGUGUGGAAAGAGUUUUAAACAGAAAUCAAAUCUUGAGGAUCACAUUAAAAUUCACACUGGAGAGCUACCAUAUGCGUGUCCUCAGUGUGAAAAGAGUUUCAGAAAGAAAUCAACGCUUGAGAAGCACAUCAGAAUUCACACUGGAGAGCGUCCAUACACAUGUCCUGAGUGUGGAAAGAGUUUCACACAGAAAUCAACACUUGAAAAGCACGUCAUAAUUCACACUGGAGAGCGACCAUAUACUUGUCCUCAGUGUGGAAAGAGUUUCAACCGCAAAUCAACGCUUGAUGAGCACAUGAGAGGUCACACUGGAAAGCACCAAAACACAUUUACUCAGGGUGGAAAAAGGAGUUUCAGACUAAAAUCAGAUUUUGUGGUCCACAUGAGGAUUCACACUGGAGAGCGUCCAUGAACAUAUCUUCACUGUAAAGAGUUUUCAGCAUAAAUUGUAGAUUUGCUGUAAAUUUACUAAUCAAGAUGUUUUUUUGCUGUGACCCGUGAGAUCAAGACCAGUUAAAAUGUGUACAAUUCCAUAGACAAAAAUGAGGUUAUUGUUUUAAAUUAAAUGUAUAAUGUCUCUAAAAAGCUUUGUCCAGAUUUAUAUUUGCUUGAUAAUAUAUAUUGACAAGGGUGUACCUUUGGUUUGAGUAGUGGGGGAGACACAAAAUGUGUGAAAAUGUUUUUGAUUUUUGAAUAAUAUCACAAAUUCAAAAUUCCAUUUUAAAAGAGUGAGUCCUAAUAA